AUGAACAACAUCAAGGACGGCAUCACAGCUGAGGCGAAAGCCAACAUGCUAGCCAACCUCCAGAUCGAGCUCGACUCGCGCAAAGAGAAGCUACGAGCGCAGUGCGACGCGCAGUGUGCCAGCAUGCAGUCGCGUCUCGAGCGUCGCGUCAACCGCAUCCCGACCGUGACGCGCCAAACCACGCUACUAGACCUCCUCAAGGCAUCCGCGCCUGCACAACCAGUCGCGACCGCGACCGCGCCAGCACCAAUCAAGACUGCGCCACCCAAGAAGACAUCAGCGCCAGCGCCAGCACCUGCCUCCCGCAAGACACGCGCGGCUCCCACAAACUCUAUCCCAACAAGCUCCUCAGCGCCCGCGACUUCCUCCCCAGAUACCAGGCGUGCAAAGCCUGCCGCCAAGGCCAAGCCCACACCGACAUACGCUCAGCCAACAAAGACCACACGCGCCAAGAAGCGCAGCAGCGACGAAUUGUCUGGCGAGGACAAGGAAAAUGCAGACCUACCUGUACCAAAGAAGCGCGCUAGGGCACCCACUCAGAAAUCGGCGCCUGCUGCUGCUGCCCCAACUACGCGCGCAACCCGCGCUGCUUCCCGCACAAAGACAACCACUUCGUCUCAUGUGCUAUCACCAAAGACCAACACGGCCAACGUCAGGAAGCCAGCUGCUCGUAGCGCCCGCCCCAGGUAG